AUGAACGGUCUUCAAAUAGUUGCCCUGGCGUUACAGCUAGUUUCCACUGCCUUGGCCAACCCCUGGGGAGGCGACGGACAGUGCGUGCAAUUGCGGAGCGUUUUCACCGACAUGGACUUGAUUAGCUCUGACUACACUCAUGACGCCGAUCGGCGCCAUGUCGUUGUCCAUAUGACUAAAAACCAAAACUGGGUCAUCAUAUCGGACGAGCGGUACCGCGGCUACUACAAGCUCAAGCACUACAGAUUGGGCGAAGUGUUGUUCGAGUCGGUUCAGAGCUGGAACGGCAAUUACAUCUUCACCUGGAUUCCGAAAAGAAUCAUCAACGAUGGGGGUGCCUCGUGGAACAUUACCUGGGUCAGCCAUGGAGUUUACAUUCUCAAAAAUAAAAAGUUCGGACACUGCUUUUGGACCAAAGGGGCCGAAGACUGGGUAGGUGCAUACGGAGGCUGUGACCAUGAGGAGUACCAGUGGAAAAUAAGAAAGCUACCGUGUGGAGUUGGAGAAUCGUGA